UUCACACUGCAUUCACUGUCCUCUUGAAUUUAUACUUGGUGAAAAGGAUUUCGUCUAAGACAUCAAAUUUUAUUUAAAAUAUCAGUGUGUUUUUUUAUUCCUACUUAAACAAUUUUUAUACAAGACAAUUAGUGUUUGCUCAAUUUUAGCGAUUGGAGUAUUUGUGGCGAUGUGUUAUAUAAGUUAAUACAUAACCUCUGCAAUAUUACAAAUGAAUGUCGAAGUUGCCGAAACAUAUUAAAUAUCGGAGAUUGAAAAUUACUUUAAAACUUCUCAGAUGCUGCUGAACUAAUUACCCUUGAAGACGUAUGUACAACGAUUCACGAAGCAAACGUUUAGUGAUCACACUGUUCUUGCCGAAAUUGAGAGUGGGAAACAAAGCAACGACUGGGGUAGGCACCUUCUGGCCAGUCCACACCGCAGAGCACGCGGAGAAAGAUGGACGAAGAGGUCAGCCCGCGUCAAGAGAGCGAAUCGGCUGUCAUGGACCCCAAUGAAGAGGACUUUCCCACAGAAACUAAGGAAAAGGAAAACAAGUCCUCAAAAUGCGGUGACACAUUUUUGAAAAUAUGCAGAGUUGUUUUCUUUUUUGUUUUGGCGCUAUUGCUGCUUUCAUGCGGCAUACUGCACAAGCUUUACUUCUUGACCCUUCUUAACAACCUAUCACAGUCUAAAAUUGAAGACAAGAAGAAUCGAGCAAUUUCAAUUCUCGUGUGCAUUGCAUUUUUUGAAUUCUUGACAUCUCUUAUAAUUCUUUGGAGAGUUGUCUUCCAAGGUCAGAAGACUAAAUGGACAAAACGUCACAUAGCGACAGCUAUCCUGCAGGCCGUGAGCACUAUUGGAGAGGUCUAUUUGAUUAUCUAUGCGCUUCCAUUACUGGACAGUUUGAGGGCAUGUUUAGUUCUAACAACUCUACCAAUUAUUCCAAGCAUCUGCCAGUUCGUGACUUUAAUUUGUCGGCUUAAACAAAAGAGUCGCAUCAGAAAGAGUUCUUUCCUCAAACUUUGUGUAGCUGGUUUCCCGGUUUUGGCACUGGCAGGGAGUGUUUUAGUAUUCAUGAAGUGGUUGAUUCCUUUUGAUAGCGACCCGCAUCUAAAAUGGGCGUUACCAACUUUUUUGAUAUUGAAGUCAUUAUGCUAUUUGGAUAAUUUCCUUUGCUUUAGAAGUAGAGCUGCAUAUGCUACACAACAAACAGCAGGGGAAUUGAACUCCCAAGACUCGGAGACAAGCGAAUCUAAAAUAAAAGAGAAACAGUACAAUGCCGAAAAUAAACAAGAAUUUAUACGAUUAUCUGUUCGUUGGUUAACAUGCUUAAUGUUUAUUAUUUUGAUAGUGCUGAAUUUAGACAUGAAACUGAUUGAAACAAUCACCAACAAAAACAAUCUUGCAACUGAAACAUUUCUGACAAACGAGAAAUUCACACUGAAUGGAAACAUUUCGUCUAAUUCAACAGUUUCGACUCCAGUGCAACCACAUGACGGGACAUUGAUAUCGACGAACCAUUUCAUUUUUAACCACUUAAUGAAGUUUUAUUUCCGCGUUAAGUUUGAAGUAAGAAUGAUGGCAUGUUCACUUGUGAUUUCUCAAUCGGCUUUGUUGGCUUGUCGAUUGUCAAUGCAGCAAUUUUCAUUUGCCUUGCCACUCAUUCUUACCCCGCCGUUAUCCACAAUUGCUGUUGUAAGACUUUCCUGCAAUAACUUUCUUGAAAGUAUCCAGUACAUAGUCGGAACUGAUUUGACAUGUUCUUUGCCUGUAGACUAUCAGUUUUUCAUAACGAGUGGUGCUUUGGCUUGGAUUGCUGUAAUCACGUUAACGUGGUACAUCUGGGUUCCUCGGGUCGAGCGAAUGGCAAAACAGGAAAGGUUUUUUUCUGGUUGUAUUUUCGAUUUCAUCUUCCCCGAUUUGAACAUGCUCCUGCGAAGGAGAAAUGACCAUGAAAUUGGAGAGCUCCAUACGGACAGGAUACAACAGAGGGAUGACAUUCCGAAAGUCAUCAUCUGCGUAACAAUGUGGCACGAAACCUGUAAAGAAAUGUGUCAGCUACUAAAGUCUAUUUGCAGAUUAGAUUUGCACUUAUUUACUCGAGGUGAAGCCGACAACGAAGAAGGUGAUGGAAAACAAGACACUGAAAAGAAAACACAAGACCCUGAUAAAAUUGAAGUUGAAGUGCAAAUAGUAUUUGACGACGCAUUUUGCUCAACAAAAAACGGUCGAGAGGUUAAUGAAUAUAUGCUCCAGUUUAUGCCAUGUUUGCAAAAGGCCGUUGGGAGCAGUUCAUUGAUGAAAAAAGUGGUACAGACACCUUAUGGCGGAAAACUUAUUCUUAAACUCCCAGGAGGAACACAAAUGACGUUGCAUUUGAAGGAUAAGAAAAAGAUAAGGGCCAGAAAACGUUGGUCUCAGGUGAUGUAUAUGUACUAUUGUCUGGUGUACAAAAUGAGGAAGGCCUAUCCAAUAAAGUUUAAAGACAUGCUGAAGAACACAUUCAUUUUAACCCUUGACGGUGAUGUAGACUUUGAGCCGGAGUCAGUCCUACGAAUGAUGGAUCGAAUGAAGAUGAACAGCCGUGUCGGAGCAGUUUGUGGUAGAAUUCACCCCAUAGGAUCAGGUCCAAUGGUCUGGUACCAACAAUUCGAAUAUGCAGUCGGACACUGGCUUCAAAAAGCAAGCGAACAUAUCUUUGGUUCUGUGCUCUGUUGUCCUGGAUGCUUUUCUUUAUUUCGAGCAUCUGCCCUAGUUGACGAUAACGUCUUGAAAACGUACACCAAAGAGCCAACGGAAGGAAUUCACCUUGUGCAGUUUGAACAAGGCGAGGACAGAUGGCUUUGCACCCUGCUCCUUAAACGAGGAUACAAGAUAGACUACUGCGCAGCCUCAGAUGCAAAAACGUUUGCACCAGAAAACUUUUGGGAUUUUUUUGUUCAAAGACGGCGCUGGUCACCAUCAACAAUGGCAAACAUGAUGGACUUGGUCCUUUCUUGGAAACAACUAGUCCAAAACAACAGAGAAAUCAACCAUUUGUUCAUGCUUUAUCAAUUGGUGCUAGUUAUAACAAGUGUGUUAGCUCCUGGAACUGUCAUUCUUAUGAUAGCAGGGUCAUUCAGUACGGUAUUAGGUUUAACGCCAUGGUAUGCCUUUUUCGUUGCCGUGACUCCGGUAGUUUUGUUCGCAGUGUUAUGCCUGACAGUGUCUCAGAAAAAGCAACUCAAUGUAGCCGCAAUACUAAGCACAGCAUAUUCACUUGUAAUGGUUAUUGUUACAAUCGGCACAAUGGUAAACAUCACAAACGAGACAGUUCUUUCUCCUACCGUGAUCUUCCUCAUAUCUAUCGGUCUAGUAUUACUGAUAUCUGCGUUGCUUCACCCUAAAGAGUUCACAUGCUUGUUUCCUGGCUUGCUUUAUUUCGUUUCUGUGCCUUCUACAUUUAUUUUUCUGACAGUGUUUUACGUGUGCAAUCUACAUGACAUCAGUUGGGGUAUUCGAGAAUCCAAAUCACAAUCAACUCAGUCUGAAGUAAAAAGUGGAAAGAAAUCGUUUGUGCGUUUGCUUUUUACUCUAGUUCGACAUAUCCUGCAGGCAAAACUCGCUAAAAUCAACUCCAAAGGUUCAACUUCGGACGAUAUUGAGAGACAACAAUGCGAACAAGGUGAGGAAAAAAUAGAUCAUGAGGACGAUAGCUACUGGAUAAAGGUACAAUUAACAGACUCAAAACAAAACUUUGAAACAAUUCAGCUCGAGGAAGCUGAAGAGGAAUUUUGGACAAAAUAUAUAAACAAGUAUUUGAAACCACUAGAAAGCAACAGGAAACUUCAAGAAAAAUUUAAUCGUGAAUUAAUGGCGUUAAGGAACAACUGUGUGUACGGUUUCUUUAUGUUGAACUUAAUGCUAGCAUUAGCACUGUUGCAAUUACAAGUAAGCAAAGAAAGGUUAUAUGAAUCAUUAUCAAUAAUGUUUCUGUCAAUUUUUGCAAUUUUACUUUUGAUCCAAUUCAUCUUUAUGCUUUUUUAUCGAUGGAAAACUUUCUGCCAUAUUAUUUCAAGCACUGAGGUGUUUGGGUGCCGCUGUUUAAAACGAACAAAGACUAAAGCGCAAUAAUUUGAAGAACACAUGAAAGGGCAUGGGAAAGGUUAAAAAUCAGAUAAGCCGCCGCCUGAUUAUAAAAAUAAGCUUGCUGCGUAUCAUAACGACGGCUAUAAUAAAACUAAUGAUGAUACGCAUCUCCUUCAUAAAGUAAACAAGAGUCAAGGACAUUUAUGGUUCCGCAACAUAAAACAAAGCGGAGAACAUCAACACCCAUGACUUUCAAAAACAAAUGAAAGAGUUUGAGCAUGAUUUGGGGGAAGAGGUAGAAUCUGAUGAGCCGCCGCCUGAUUAUUUGCACGAGCCUGAUUUUGAUCAUAACGACAGCGAUGAUGAACCUUCAUUAAGAUAACCGAACUCAAGGAAAUACGUCUUUACUGGCACAAAAUACAAUGUGUGCGCAAUAUAAAAAAUGCUAUUGCUGAUGGUUGUUUUGAAGACCUGGAAUGAAAUACACUAACGCCAAUAUUCAUGGGGGAAAAUAAUUCAUAUCAGCGGAUACAAUAACAAUGAUAAUAUAUCCCAUAUUGAAAGCAAAAACUACAUCCAUGUUAAUCAAUAUUGUAUGUUCGUAUCUAUCUGUUAUCUGUUCUUUUUUAUUGAUGGUUUAUUUUUCAUUCUUGUGCGGUCAGUUUGUGGUAUUUGUAUUUAUGUAUGUGGUGUUUACACGUGUGUGUCCUUUGUUCAUUGUCGUUCAGGCCCUUACCAUGUGCAUCUAAACAAGGUUUAUUUAACAAAUCAUUUCUUGACUACUGGGCUUGUCCCUGUUAUUUUCACUGUAUUAUUUUAAUAUAGCACUAAAACGUUAGCUAAUAAACUCAUGUUUAAAACAUUUUAAUUUUUAUUUCGCUUUAUACUUAUAUCUGAAUAAUAUCUCAAAAUGUGCAUUUGUUUUAUUUGAUAUUCGUUUUAAAUUAUGUAUGGUUCAUUAAAGCGUGCAAACAUUUCA